AUGUCAUCAACAAAACCCACUACCGACUUCCUCUCAAUCCAACUUCUCGAGGAGCUCGACAUCAACGAUCAUCCCUCAGUGCGCCUCCACUGCAAACCCUCGACUUCUCCUACCAACCAAACCGUCACCACCCACAAGUCCAAACACUUCACCGAAAUCCGCCUUGAAGGCAUCUCCAUUGACACAAUCCACCUCGACGAUUUCCUCGCCUCCCAAACCAAAAACCUCAAGAAACUCUCACUCAUAAACACUCACAUGCGCUUCCUCUCUUCCCGCGACGAAAUCGGCGAACCUUGUGCUGUUUUGGCUAAGAUCGUUUACUUGCUCCAGCACAGUCUAGAAGCAAAGAGUUUGGAAGUCAAAGAAUUGGGUUGUGACUAUGAGGACAACAUCUCGCCUUCUGUGGUCACUUACAAUGGAAAGUGGGAGGGAGAGAAGGAAGUUCGUGAUGGGUUUGCUGAGAUGGUUGCUAAAAUCAAAGAACGUGGAAAUAGGGGUCAGAUGGAGGCACAGGAGUCGGUGAAGCCUCAGUCUAGCUUUGUUGAGAUGGAAAGAUGGGAGGAUGAGUAUGGGUUUGCUGAUGAUGGAGAGGAAAGUGAUGAUGAUGUCUAUGAGCACAGUGAAGACGAGGAGUGGGCAAUGUGA